CUUUUUUUUGCGAGGCUGAGAAAGAAAUCCGCCAGCAAAUCGCAAGCCUCCUCCUACCAAGACACUCGACUUUUCACUCUAUUCUUUUCAAGAUGUCUGACUUUGGCGACGAUGAUGUUAGCGUUGGCGGCGACGAGCCCGUGUUGGACGACGAGGAGGUGACCGAAUUCUACGACCCCGAAGUUGGCGAGGAUGACGAUAACGAGCACGCAAACGACCAAGACCACAUUGUCAUCUCUGGAGACCCAUCUGCGGCUGCGAACGCUUCCAAGGACAAGUCAGUCAAAGACAAGAAGAUUCCCGACGACCAGCGCACGACAACGCCGUACAUGACGAAAUACGAGAGGGCCCGUAUUCUGGGCACGCGCGCCUUGCAGAUCAGCAUGAAUGCGCCUGUGCUGGUAGAUCUCGAGGGUGAGACGGAUCCGUUACAAAUUGCGAUCAAGGAAUUGCGCGAGAAGAAGAUUCCUUUGAUUGUACGGAGAUAUAUGCCCGAUGGAUAGUAAGUCGAAUCUACGAGGACUGGACAUGCGAAGAGCUUCUUCAGUAAACGAAAAAGGGCUUAGCAAAGACGAAAGCGGCCAAGUCAGGUUGCUCGAUUCAAGUCGACUCUACCAAGAAAGUCUAACGAGCACCAAUGCCGCGACUCAUCCACCUUUUCGUCUUCUCGAGGAAAGAAAUUUGUUCAUCAGCGUGGCGUUUCGAGAUUCGACUAAAUUCGUCGCAUGUUUAAGAUAUAAAAAGAUAGCAGGUUAUCCGGCCAGGCAUUGUAUCAUUCUGUCUAUGAAUGCAGCACCAGAAAUGGUUUUGGUCAUGGGUCAGACGCCUUUUGGUCACGCACUCUGGCGCAUGCAUCAACAAAAGAGGUCUCUGCAAAGCUGGAAGAAUACACAAAAGAGCAUGGCCAAUGCGGGUGCAACACUCUGGAUCUAGACUGCUUGGAUAAGAGUCCUAGUUCUGGACUGUAUGGAUUGGUUAGAGACUGCUACGGUAGGGAAGCUAUAUUACAUGGAUUGCUGCAAAGUAUAACGGUACAAUAAUAGAUGUCAGCGAAGAAAAAAAGUAGAUUCGAGUUUUUCUUUUACGUUGCAGAACAAUCU